UCGUCACGUGGACUGAAAGGCGUCCGCUGCCUGUGAUCUGUCAAAUUCCAACAUAACCUCAAACUAAUGUUACAUUUCAGAAGAAUUGUAGACGUAUUCCACUGAUAAAUAAUGUCGUCAGCACACUUGUCGAGCGGAAAAUUGAACAUCGGCCUUGUCCAAGAACAGGCGAAAAAACAAUUGCUAAAUUUGCUAGAAAAAUGUGACGGGACGAAGGCAAUUAUAUGCGACAAGUCCCUGGCAGGACCGAUUGGCGUGGUUGGAAAGUCCAAUCUACGACAAGAACACGACGUCGUCAAAGUGAUUCCGCUCUGCAGUGGAAGACUUCAGCCUACAGAUGUUGCUAAUGUUAUUUUUAUCACAAGACCUCACUUGCAUCUCAUGGAUUUAAUCGCUGAGAAAGUUCACGGCGAAGAAGGUACCAGACCGCAGAAGAAGUUUCACUUAUUUUUCGUUCCCCGAAAAAGUCUGCUUUGUGAGAAAAAGCUGCAAAACCGAGGAGUAUAUGGAAGUUUCACAUUAUUCGAAGAAUUUGCCUGUGAUCUAUUCCCAUUCGAUUCUGAUUUAGUGUCGAUGGAACUCAGUGGAGCAUUUAAUGAAUUCUAUUUAGAAAAUGAUCCAACCUGCUUGUAUCAGGUAGCGCAAGCUAUUCAGAGCCUUCAGAGACUGUAUGGUAGAAUACCUAAAGUCACUGGACGAGGACCAGCAGCUAACAAGGUUUGGGAAUUGAUGAAGAGGCUGCACAGGGAGGAAGAAGAUGUUAAAACAGAUGGUACUCAAACACCAUUAAUAGAACAUCUUCUCUUGUUGGACAGAUCGGUUGAUCUACUCUCCCCUUUGGUUACACAAUUGACUUACGAAGGUCUUAUCGACGAAAUAUUCGGCAUAAACGAUACAACCGUUGAAUUGCCCGCUGAAAAAUUUCACGAUUCUGAUGAUUCACCAACCGUCCUUCCGCUCGAUAAAAAGGAACAAAUCAUUUUAAAUUCUGGUGAAGAGCUUUUUGCAGAGAUUAGGGAUAAAAACUUCAACGGCGUAGGACCAGUACUAAGUCGGAAGGCUAGAAUUAUAUCAUCACAAUUUGAUGAGCGACACGGUGACAAGAGUGUCCAGGAAAUAAAACAGUUUGUCGCUAGGCUACCGCACAUGUUAGCGACAAAGCAGUCACUCGCAAGACAUACAACUAUAGCGGAAAUGAUCAAAGAAGUUACGGACUCAAAUAAUUUCCUCGAGGCUUUACAGACGGAACAAGAAUUGUUGAAUUGUAUAGAAACAGACAAACCCAACUCGUACAUCGAGGAUAUGAUAGCUCAACAGCAACCAUUGUUGAAAGUAUUGAGACUGCUUUGUAUUCAAUCACUAACCAACUCUGGUCUGAAGCCAAAGUUACUCGAUUACUACAAAAGAGAGAUAGUACAGACUUAUGGUUAUCAACAUUUGCCGACGUUAAUAAACCUAGAAAAAGCUGGCCUGCUUCGACCCCAACAGCCUGUACGACAAUACGCUGUGCUGAGGAAAGCCUUACGACUAACUGUCGAGGAUGAGAGUGAAGUCACCCCAAGGGAUAUCAGUUACGUUCAUUCUGUCUAUGCUCCGUUAAGUGUGAGGCUGGCUGAACAAUUAGUACAACCUAAUGGAUGGCAGGGAUUGAACGAUGUAUUAGGACUAUUGCCUGGUCCUACUGUCAGCAGUAAUCCUCAAACUUUGAGUUCAACCGCAGCAAGAAGAAAUUCGAUAACCAGUGAAGAUUCAACUUCCGAAUCAACACGAUUAGUACUAGUAUUUUUUAUCGGUGGUUGUACAUACGCUGAGAUAUCUGCAUUGCGAUUCUUAUCUCUACAAGAAGAUUCCAAUGUGGAAUUCGUAGUUGGAACAACAAAACUGAUAAAUGGAAAUUCUUUUAUAACUUCAUUAAUGGAAGAUUUAGAAAGGAACUGAAUCCAUAGAGUACAGUACGAUAAGUAACGAGUAUGGAUAUUUUAUUUAUUCAUACGUAAUUUUUAUGUUUUAAAUAUACAUUUCCACCUUAUUCUGUGCUAUAUAUCAAUAAGUAAUAAGUAUAGAUAUUGGUAUAAGUUCAGUGUACAACCAAAUCUAUUUAAUACACACUUAUAUUUCUUAAUGUACUAUAGUACAAAGUCUUUUUCAAGAAUGACUAUUGUAAUAUUGAUCUAGUUUCUGUUUACAGCCAUCUUCGAU